GGCCACAAGUAACCACAAGGUCAAAGAGACGGUUGCUUUGGAACUCAGCUACGUCAAUUCCAACUUGCAGCUACUAAAGGAGGAACUGGAGGAGUUGAACAGUUGCAUGGAGGUCUACCAGAAUGACAGUGACUCAAUCAGUGUCCCCAUGAUCCCCCUGGGGUUGAAGGAGACCAAGGACCUGGACUGGGCAGCUCCUCUGAAGGCCGUCAUUAAAGAUCACUACAUGGAAGACGAGGAUUCCUUCAAGGCGGAGCUGAAAACCCUUGUGGAUUUACGCCAGGUACGAUUCGCUGACGGGAGUGCCCUCUCACCAGCGGGCCCUGGCGUUUGAGAAAGGAAGCGUGCUUUUUAACAUCGGAGCCUUGUACACCCAGAUCGGCGCGCGCCAGGACCGUACCACUCUGCAGGGGGUGGACUGCGCCAUUGAGGCCUUCCAAAAGGCGUCAGGCGCCUUCAACUACCUGAAGGAGAACUUCUCCAACGCCCCCAGCCUCGACAUGAGCAGCCCCUCCCUCAACAUGCUGGUCCGGCUGAUGAUCUCCCAGGUGCAGGAAUGCGUCUUUGAGAAGGUCCUUCUGCUCGGAGCACGGAGCGACUUCCUCGGCUACCUGCAGCUCGCCCAGGAAGCAGCCCGGGUGGAAGAGGUCUACUCCUUGGUGCACCAGACCAUGGCCCAGCCCCACGUCAAGGAUUAUGUGCCUUUCUCCUGGACCUCCAUGGUGCACGUCAAAGCAGAGCACUUCAAGGCUCUCUCGCACUACUACGCCGCGGUUGCCCUCUGCGACUGCCCCUUCAUGUCGGAGGUGGAUUUUCCUGAGCAUGAAAAAGGCUUCCUCCAGUUUCACGUCUCCACGCCGGAAAAACCGGCUCCUUCCUUACUUUUGAGAGACCAGGAAGCGCGCCGGCGACUAGCCAAAACACACCAGAAACCGGAAAUCAAAUCUCCCAACUUCUCCAUGGUGAAAGUGAUAGACAUCUUUCAUAGAUUGGGACCCCUCUCCGUUUUCUCCGCCAAGAAUAAGUGGCAUCCCACGCAGACGGUGCACCUGGUCCGCGGAGCAAACGGCUUCGGAUUCACCCUGCGAGGCGACUCUCCGGUCCUGGUCGCUGGGAUCAUCGCUGGUGGGUGCGCGGCGAAAACGGACAAGAAGCCGACAGCCGCCACCUCCGGAGCGGGAGCCGUGCUGAAAAGCAACAAAGAGAACAACCGCAAGACCCCCUUGCCGGGCAAAGCUUCCGGGGGUCUCCUCGCCUGGGGACGGAAGAGCAAACGCAGCAAAAGCUGCAGCUCCGUGAGCCUCCCCUUCAGCACGGGGGAUAACAACACCCUGGCUCACUGAG